AUGACCAGUGCUAUCAUUUCUACGGGCACUGAUAACGAGGAUACCACGACAGCAGACGACGUGGGCUUGGACUCGGCAUCACAAGUUAGUGACGCGGAAAUCCGCGACAUGACUUCGUACGACACACGCUGGGCUUCGCCGCCGCCUUAUCAGACUCUGGGAGAGCGGCAGGAGGAGGAGAGAGAGGUCUUGCCACGCCUUGUUGCAUUACUGGAAGAGCACGAGCGGAAUGUAGCGGCAUGCUAUGAUGUAGACGAAGUCAUCGGCGCCAUCACGCGGUUUUACCGACUGCUCAUCGACAUGGGACAAUGGGAGCCUGAGGAUCUUGUCUACCCGCCGCACACUAACCCGCCAAUCAAUGUUCAGCGUGCUUUUCAGCUGGGAUAUGAUGAGCGAGUCGUCCAGCUGAUGCAAAAACUGCCUUAUCUCAAGUGGACCGUCGGCCACGACGAGAAGAAAUGCAUCCUUUUCCGAACAUCGUUCGUCAAUUACACGAAGAACGAGGACCUCGAAAAGGGCCGCCAGCCAUACCCCGGCUACGAGCUUGAUCCGUGGCUAUUGCCACUGCUGGUACCGGGCAGAUACGGCUGGCUCGUUAUGCUCGACACGGAGCUUGGUGUCGUGCGCGCAUUUGAACCCCACGGCUUCUACCGACCUGACUUGAUCGAGUUCAAGCGCCACGGCCUGCCACCGGAGGAUCCAGAUCAGGACCCCCAUCCGUGGCGGCGCGUGCCAACGGUCCCUGCUUCCCAAUACUUCAACACGUUAAUUGAGGUAUAUCGCUCCCUUGAACGACUCCCAAUUAUCGACCCAGGCAUGAACGACCCUGCAGAGACACUUUACAAACUUUCACAUGAACAUUUACCGUCCUCCCAGAAGGAGUGGAACACGCAGUCAGCGCUCCUCGAUCUGUACAGAGAAUGCGGCUGGCCAGACAGCUGGCGGCGCGCCGAGUUCCUUUCUAAAUGGAGAGCCAAGAAGGCUGAAAUAGAUUAUUAG